GUGAGGACAGAGGCCUUUUAUCAUUAUCUUAUUAUUUUAUAGCCACACAUAUAGGAGUGUGAAGAUAAUUACUUCUCAGCCAAUGCUACUAUACUUGGGUCUAUCUACUGAGAGGGUGCCACGUGUCCAAACACUUAUCUAAUACUACACUCUCCUUCCAAGUUCUCAUGCCCAAUGCAAUCAAUAACACAAAAUCAAAAGCAACAAGCUUAGCUUAGCUUAGUGUUCUUUUGGUUUAUUUGUUUUAGUUUGGUUAAGAGUCUUAAAACUCAAAGAAGAAUAAUUUUUAAGGUAAUUUGAGUAUGGAGACUGGUGUGGCAUGUUGUGCUCGUGGAACUUUUCUUCCAAGUAUUUCAUCUCAGCAUUCUAUGUCUCUCUUCUCUCCUUCAUCCAUUUCUCCAUCUUUCAAUUCCAAGGUCUUGAAAUCAAGCUCGUUGUUUGGGGAAUCAUUGCGUGUGACGCCAAAAUCGUCGCUAAAAGUUGUAAAAUCGAAGAACUCUACAUCAGUAACAAAAUGCGAAAUUGGUGAUAGCUUGGAAGAGUUUUUGAACAAAGCAACAACAGAUAAGGGACUGAGAACAUUGCUUAUGUCAAUGGGAGAAGCACUUAGAACAAUUGCAUUUAAAGUAAGAACAGCUUCUUGUGGUGGAACUGCUUGUGUUAACUCCUUUGGUGAUGAGCAACUUGCUGUUGAUAUGCUUGCUGAUAAGCUUCUUUUUGAGGCCUUACAAUACUCACACUUCUGUAAGUAUGCUUGUUCUGAAGAAGUACCUGAACUCCAAGACAUGGGAGGCCCAAUUGAAGGAGGAUUCAGUGUGGCUUUCGAUCCACUCGAUGGAUCGAGUAUCGUUGACACGAAUUUCACAGUAGGAACAAUCUUUGGAGUGUGGCCGGGCGAUAAGUUAACCGGUGUCACAGGAAGAGAUCAAGUUGCUGCAGCCAUGGGAAUUUAUGGCCCAAGAACUACUUAUGUUCUUGCUCUUAAAGAUAUUCCUGGUACUCAUGAGUUCUUGCUUUUGGAUGAAGGAAAAUGGCAGCAUGUGAAGGACACAACAGAAAUUAAUGAAGGAAAACUUUUCUCCCCUGGAAACUUGAGAGCUACAUUUGAUAACCCAGAAUACAGCAAACUAAUUGAUUACUAUGUGAAAGAGAAGUACACAUUGAGAUACACUGGAGGAAUGGUUCCUGAUGUUAACCAGAUUAUUGUGAAGGAGAAGGGUAUUUUCACAAAUGUGAUAUCUCCAUCAGCCAAAGCGAAAUUGAGGCUAUUGUUUGAGGUAGCACCAUUAGGGUUCUUGGUUGAAAAGGCUGGAGGUCACAGUAGUGAUGGGCAUCAAUCUGUGCUUGACAAAGUGAUUAACAAUCUUGAUGAUAGAACUCAAGUUGCUUAUGGUUCCAAAAAUGAGAUUAUUAGGUUUGAGGAAACUCUAUAUGGAUCUUCAAGGCUUAAGGGAGCUGUUCCUGUUGGAGCUACUGCUUAAUUAAUUAAUUAAUUCUGUUAAUUAAGUCAUAAGACAGAGAGACAUAAUAAAAGUCUUAUUUGUAACUUCUUUUGUUUUUGGUUUUCUUCCCAAGUAAUAAAUAAAAUAUAUAAUUAAUUAAUGUUUCAUAUUUAAACAGUCUAGCUUUAUGAUCAUAAAUAUAUAUACUUGAUUCUGCUA